AUUCGAUUGAUUUAUCGUAAUAUUUCGUCUUAUAAUGAUCUCCUUUUAUAGAUAAAUUCAUUUUGUAAUGAACAUUAAAUCAAACAAUUAACUCUUUAUGAGGGUGAUAACGAAAUAUCGGUUGCAAAACGAUGUGUAACAUCGUUCGUAUUUAAGCACUUGGCUGCCGCUCAACCGUCCUUUAUCGAUUCCCGUUCCCCGCUGGACUACCAUCUGCCAAUGUGACCGACAGGCGGAUUAUAUUUACUAAAUUAUAUUGAAGGGAGACCGCUCUCCUCUCCACCGGCAAAAUGAAACCUAUUAUGUUACAAGGACACGAGCGUUCUAUAACGCAAAUUAAGUUCAACAGAGAAGGAGAUCUGCUCUUUUCUGCUUCUAAGGAUACCAAACCAAAUGUCUGGUAUUCAAUCAAUGGAGAACGCCUUGGUACCUUUGAUGGUCAUACAGGUACUAUUUGGUCUGUAGAUGUGAAGUGGGAUUCAUCAUAUUUUGUUACUGGAUCUGCAGAUCAAACUAUGAGGAUAUGGGAUGUGGAAACUGGUACAUCACUGGCUUGUCUUGAGCAAAAGACUUCUGUCAGAGGAGUUAACUUUUCCUAUUCUGGUACUAUGAUUGCUUAUACCACUGAUAAGAUGAUGGGACACAAUUCGGAAUUAGUGAUUAUUGAUUGCCGAGAGCCAAACGAUGCUGAUGGAACUCCUGUCAUGAAAACGCAGGUGACACCAAACAAUUCAAAAGCAUUGUCAGUGUUAUGGGGUCCUCUAGAUGAGUUUGUGGUGACUGGUCAUGAAGAUGGAUGUGUAAUCAAAUGGGACAUGCGUACUGGUAAAAAGUUGAUAGUUGGGCAAGAACAUACUAAGCAGAUUAAAGACAUGCAACUUAGCCAUGAUGGUAUGAUGCUCAUCACUGCAAGUAAGGAUACUACAGCACGUCUUUGGGACCUCGAUACUCUGGAAGCCUUGAAACUAUACCAGACAGAUCGUCCCGUAAACUCUGCUGCUAUCACCCCUCUUGUUGACAAGUAUCCUCAUGUUGUUGUAGGGGGUGGUCAGGAAGCUAUGGAUGUAACGACGACUUCAUCAAGGAUAGGAAAAUUUGAUGCUCGCUUCUUCCAUUUAGUUUUUGAGGAAGAAUUUGCUCGUGUUAAAGGUCACUUUGGCCCUAUCAAUUCCAUAUCGUUUCAUCCUAAUGGAAGAGGUUAUGCUAGUGGUGGUGAAGAUGGUUAUGUUAGAGUUCAUGUAUUUGAUGAUAGUUAUUACCAAUUUAGAUUUGACUACUAGUUUUUUUUGGACAUUAGUUUUGAACUGGUGUGAUUGAUAGUGAGAUUCUUGUCAAGCAAAAAUUUGAUUUGUUCUAAUUAUAUGGGGGAAGGUUUUUAUAUUAUACAGGUUUUCCAUUGUAACCCUUUCCUAUUCUCAGAUGAUGAAAGCGUCUGUGGUCGUACUCUUUUGGAAUAAAAGUAAUUUCAGGAGAA